GCAUGAAUUUCAAAUUAUUUACAUCAUUCGCCUACGACAUCAACAAGGUGCUAAUAUAACGCACACUCUGAGGCAGAUCUGACAGUGUUUGCUACGAGUGGAACAAGUGAGGUUCGAUCACCAUGAUGUUAACAUUUGCUUUGCUGGGCAUGGCCCUGGCGCUGGUCUACAAUUUCUACCGAAAUACCUAUAGCUACUGGGAAAGAAAGGGAGUGCCUAAUGAACGCCCUCUCCCGCUGAUAGGAAACGUGAAAGGAAUCGGAACGAAGUACCAUUUUCGUGACAUUAACCAGAGGAUCUACGAUAAAUUCAAGGGCGUCGCGCCCUUUGCAGGAAUGUUCACUUUCUUCAAGAGGUCCGCUCUCAUCAUUGAUCUGGAUUUGAUAAAGCAAGUGCUGAUCAAAGAUUUUCAAUACUUUCAAGAUCGUGGAGUGUAUAAUAAUGUGCGAGAUGAACCGUUGACUGGUCAUCUGCUGAGUCUGGAAGGCGACGAAUGGCGUUCGAUGAGGCAUAAGCUGACGCCCGUUUUCACUUCUGGAAAGAUCAAGCAUAUGUCUGGAGUGGUCGUUGAGGUUGGCCAUCGUCUGGCCGCAGCCAUGGACAAGGCCGUGAGUGCUGCAAAGGUGGACGAUGGCGAUGUGGAGAUCAAGGAUAUCUGUGCCAGGUUUACGACAGAUGUAAUAGGCACGUGUGCAUUUGGCCUGGAGUGCCACAGUCUGAGUGAUCCCAAGGCGGAAUUCCGAUCAAAGGGACGGAUGAUCUUCGAGAAACCUCGCCACUACGCAAUAGUGGAAUUUUUUAUCUUUACAAAUGCAAAAUUAGCCAAAAAAUUGCGCAUGAAAAUCUUACCAGACGAUCUAUCGGAGUUUUUUUUGGAUGCUGUAAAAAACACCGUCGAUUAUCGCAUGAAGAAUGGUAUCAAGCGAAACGAUUUCCUCGAUGAGUUGAUUGAAUUGCGUGCUGAGAACCAAGAGGCUGCUAAACAAGGAAAGGUUAUUGAUCUUUCCCAUGGCUUGACUAUCGAGCAAAUGGCUGCCCAGGCUUUCGUAUUCUUCCUAGCUGGAUUUGAGACUUCUUCGAGUACAAUGGCCUACUGUUUGUAUGAACUAGCCCAGCAUCCCGAUAUUCAGCGCCGCGUUAGGGAGGAAAUCGAUGCUGUUCUCAAGAAUGUGGAAGGAGGGGAGAUAACAUAUGAUGCCUUAGCAGAGAUGAACUACCUAGAAAAAGUCUUAGCAGAAACCCUCCGGAAACAUCCCAUUGUUCCUCAACUCAUACGAGAGGCCAAUCAGAACUACAAAGUCCCCAACACGGACAUCACCAUUGACAAGGGAACAACCAUGUUGAUACCUGUCCACAACAUUCACCACGAUCCUGAAAUAUAUCCGGAGCCCGAGCGUUUCGAUCCGAGUCGCUUCGAGGCGGAUCAAGUGAAGUCUCGUCAUCCGAUGGCCUAUUUACCCUUUGGAGACGGACCCCGUAACUGCAUAGGACUGCGAUUCGGAAAGAUUCAGACUAAGAUUGGUCUGGUGUCACUGCUGCGGCGCUUUAAGUUCGGCAUCUCCAAGCGUACCGAAAUUCCUCUGAUUCUAGAUACUCGCUCUUUCCUUUUAGCGACGAAGAAUGGAAUUCACCUAAGAGUGGAACGUAUCUAAUAUCUGAUAAGUUUUGUUUGUUAUAUUCUAGAAAUACAUAAAAGAUUUCGUUUGUGAUAGGAGUCGGCGGAGGUAAGCCCAUUACUAGCGACGCAUUCGAGAACAUCAGAGAAUUACAUUAUUGUAAGAGAGAACUUUCCAUAAAAACCGAACCGAGAGCAGUGCUGCCAGUUUAGCCUAUAGGCCAAUACCAAAGAUAUAUAUAUAUAUAUAUAUACCGAAAAGUAUGUAGAUCGAAGCUGGAUCAAUCUAAAUGGCGCAUCAGUUGAAUAAAGAAGUGUUCGGAAAAGUAAACCAUCUCACCUAUUUCACUCUCGCAAUCUCAGAAGUGGGCCCUACUCACAAUGUGCGACAUCCAAUUAAACCAAUUCUCGGUAGUGCAACUAAAGAGGUGGCUGUCAGGAUUUAAUGAUGAAUCAAUUAAAUAUACAUCGUUUUUAACACCUUUAGUACAAUUUGAGUUCCUCAGAAUGCCGCAGGGUGUGAAAACGGCAU